AUGAGUGUGGUGGUGAAUUCUCUUAAGGGUCAUCUCCUCAUGGACCGGAACGUGGGGAGCGCGGGUCCUCCCAGCUCACUCUGGCUCCUGGCUCUGAAAGCCGAGAAGCUCGCCGGCUGCGAGCGGGUUUUCCAACUUCUUGCUCAGGCGCUGCUUCUUGCCUUGGGCCAAGCCCUCGGAGAACUCCAGCCCUUUGAUCUCGCUCGGCAUGGCCCCCGACGGCCGCUGCCGCAGCAGCUGGUCCAGCUCCGCCAGAUAGUGCUGGCCGCCGGCUGGUGCUGCCCGCAGCCCCAGGACCACCACCAGGGCGUAGAGGGUGACCCCCAGGCUGGGGCAGCGCUCCAUGCCUCCCGCGCGCGUCCCGGGGCUGCCUCUUCGUCCCGCGUCCCCGGAGGAGAGCACGCCGAGUCCGCGGCGCUGCCGCGCUCCCGGGUCCCUCCGGAGGCGGCUCACCCGAAGCUGGGCUGGCGCAGGGCAGGCAGCAUGAGCCGCGAGGAGAAGCGUUCGCGCAGCGCCGGCUCCCGCCGCGGCGCAGAAGACGCGCACGAGUUGGUCACAACUCCCCCCCGCCGCUCUACUUGGGAAGGCGGCCGCGGCCGGGCAUCCGAGAUUACUCCAGCGCGACCGUGGGGCGCUGGGGGCGCCGGCUCCUCGCUGCUCUCCCCGGCUGCGGGCGGCGCAGGGCGCGUGGACGAGCCUCUUUCCUCCUCCUCCUCCUCUGGCUGCUCGGCGUCCUGCUUCUCUGUGCCCAGCCUCCGGUCGAGCGGGUCCUGGGCCACUUCUCUCCGUCUGCUCCGGGCUGCACAGCCGGCUCUGCCCUGCGGACUCCAGCGGCGGUGGCGGCGGCGGCGUCCGCGCACGUUGGCACCGGUUUGUCUGUCUCGCAGGGUCCAAGCCUUUAAAUUUCCUGCACUUUCAGCUCCAUCACCAUGGAAACCACUGACUCUCUCCGCGUUGCCCCCUCCCCCUUCUUCCCCCCAAACAACAACCCCACCCCCCACUCCUCCACCCGCGAGGAGCCGGAGCCGCACGGGCUCGGGGUUAAGCGACUGCACUGGUCGCCGCGGCGGCGGCGGCGGCUCCGGCAGCGCCCAGGACUGUGCCCCGCCGGACCCAGAUGCCCCGGGAAGCCGACAGUCAGGCUGCCCGCCGGAGCUCACAGGCGGCGGCGGCGCGGCAGCGGCGGUGGCGGCGGCGGCGGUGGCGCUUGGCAGAUUUCCAGACUUAGUGUAAACAAAAAUCCUGAGAUUUUUCUCCAAGGUACUUGGAUUUCACAAGCACACAGGUUUGCAUCAUCCGGCUGGGUGGUUUGGCAUUAGUUUGCUGUCUCGUGAAGAUUAAAUGUUCCAGAGCAAUUUUGUCACUGCUGGGAAUCAACUAAGAAAAUAAUUUCUUUCAGUAAAGACUUGAGAAGGUAAACCCAAGUCCUGCCUUCCUCAGACAGGGUUGAGUUCCAACUAGUGCUUACCUACUGUGCUUUUUUUUUCUUUUUUCUUUUCUCCUUCAAAUCACCUGUGGGUUUUUUAAAUGUCCAAUCACCCUCGGUUUUACAUUUAUUAUUAUUUUACUGUAUGUGCGUGAGAGUUUUGCCUGCAUGCAUAGCUGCUUGCCACAUGUGCCUGUAGAGGCCGAAAAAGGACACGGUGUCCCCUGGAACAUGAGGCACAGACAAUUGUGAGCCAGCAGGCUGGAUAGAUUCAACUGAACAGCAAAGAAGAAUGGGAACCCAAGCAUACUUGAUGAUGGCUUGGGUGACUUGUUCAUGGAGAACCUACUGUGGGAAGACCAGAAGGAGACACAAGUGUGAGACGGUGCAGAGCUGACUUCACAUUGCAGCCAGGACUUCUGCAGUCCCCAGAGGGGAGAGAUGACAAGCAUAGGAAGAAAGUGCCUAAAGUAUAUUGGAAAGAUCUAUAGAUCACUAUAAAAUUGUCAAAAUUGGUUUCCUUAACCUGUGCUCCCUUUUGUUAAACACAGCACUUUCUGCUGGUCUUUAAGUGUUGUCUGGAAUUCAGGAUCCAUUGUGACUAAUUAAAAGAGUAUCAGAGCAA